AUGCUGGCAGAAACACACUCGGUUUUCAAGACCGAACAUCACGCCGCUCGCACGACCGGCCCUGGCGCCACCAACAUUCUCGACACCCCGAAACUCCGGGCUGCGUGCGAGAACUGCCGCCAGUCCAAGGUGAAAUGCAACCUGUCCGUGUCGGGGGGCAAGGAGGCCCCCUCCUCGUCGCCCUCGUCCUCGUCGGCGUGCAUCCGGUGUCUGCGACAUGGGUUGACAUGUCGGUAUCGCGUUGCCAAUCGGUCUGGGAAGCCCAAGGGGAGUAAGAAUCGGGCUACGUUACGGAAAUUGGGACAGUUGCAGCUUCAGCAACAGCAACAGCAACAGAAUCAGCAUCCGGAGGAACGGAAGCCGAUGAUUUCAAGAGGAGAUGGUGGUCCCGGUGGGGGUGGGAAUCUCCAUGGCGGGUGGAAUUAUAUUGAGCCGUUUGUGUCAACUAAUGGGGUUCUUCUCGAUUGCUAUGCAAAGAGUCCCCAGGAUACCAGCCAACCCAGCCAUUCUAACAGUCCUGACAGUCAGGGAGUUAGCAUGACAGACGUCUCCUCGUUACUGGACGAGUCGUGCGCUGCAGCGCAGCAUCUCGGGUAUCAUCCUCAUCCUCAUCCGUCUUGCAUGGGGGGUCUGCCGCCGGGGGGAUACGUGCCACCACCACCACCGCCGCCACCACCACCUCCGCCGCAGCUGUCCAUCUUCGACCAAACGACGACCACCACCACCACCGCUACGUCGUCCAUGUCGCCAAUCUUCCUGCAGAAGGAGUUCAUCACCAAGGGGAUCACCAGCUGUCCACUGGCGGUGCAUAUGCAACCGACGUGCGACUGCGGAGACGCGCUGGUGUUCCACAUGAACCGCCUGCGGUCCGUGACGACGAUGGUGCAUCACCCGCGGUUUGAUCUGCUUUUGCAAGCCAUCGCGACCGCGCUGGCGACGUGCCGCAUCUUUCUGCAGUGUCCUGGCUGUCCCAAAGACGGCACGCAUCUGCUGUAUGCCGCCUCGAUCGUGGACUUUACCGUGCAGCUGUUUGAUUUCGCCAUUCCCUACGAGCUGUCCCUGACGGGAACCACCGCCACCACCGCAGCAGCAGCAGCUGCUGCUGCUGCUGCUGCUGCAUCGACCACCACGUCCACGUCACCAGCAAACGACCCCGGGGUGCUAGUGGGCUACGGGGAGUACGAGAUCGCGCUGGACGAGACGCGCCGCAUUCGGCGGUUUCUGCUGCGCGGCCGGCUGCUGCAGUGUCGGGAGGUGGUGAGCCUACUGCAGGAGACGACGGAGAUCCUGGCGGGACACGAUGCGACGGUGGAGGCGUUUCUGCAAGCGAUGGCGGGGGGUGGCUGUAUCAGAAUGAACCGGCUUACCCAGCUAUCCACCCAGCUAACCUACCCCCAGGGCCUCCUGGCCAACCAAAUCGCGCUCAUCACGGGCGCCGCGCAGGGCAUCGGCGCCGAAACCGCCCGGCUGUUCGCGAGGGAGGGGGCGCGCGUGGUCAUUGCCGAUGUGGAUGGUGAAAAAUCCCACGCCCUCGCCCGCGACCUCAACACCCAGCACGGCCCCGCCACAGCAAUCGCCCUCCCCGGCGACCUCACCGACGAAAGCUACAUCGACUCCCUCAUCCAGCAGACGGCCGAGUUCGGCAACGGCAAGAUCCACAUCCUCGUCAACAACGCGGGGUUUACCUGGGACGGGGUGAUUCACAAGAUGACAACCGCCCAAUUCACGAGCAUGCUCGCCAUCCACGCGACCGCGCCCUUCCAGCUCGUGCGCGCCGCCGCCCCGUUCUUCCGGCUCCAGGACGGCGAACCCCGGUGUAUCGUGAAUAUCAGUUCCACGAGUGGGGUGCAUGGGAAUGCAGGCCAAGCAAACUACAGCACAGCCAAAGCGGCCAUAACGGGACUGACCAAGACGAUCGCCAAAGAAUGGGGGCCGGGGUUCGGGGUGCGCGCCAACACGGUGGCGUUCGGGCACGUGCGGACGCGCCUCACCGGGCCCAAGGAGGACGGGGCGGUCAUGGUCACGGCGGGCGGGGAGCGGGUCGCAUUGGGGAUCCCGGGGCGUCAGUUGCUUGUCCGGCGGGGAGGGGGGUCAUCCUUUUCUUCGGAGGAUGGUGGGGAUGGGAAAGCUUCAGCUUCAGCUUCAGAUAAGGGGCGGGCCGCCAGACAGUAUCCCGAUAUUCCGCUCGGCAGGCCGGCGAGCGCGGAGGAGGCGGCGCGGGUGGUGUUGGCGGUGGCGAGUCCGUUGUUUGCUUAUGUGACUGGGGAGACGGUUAGGGUUACGGGGGGGAGGAAUAUGUAG